AUGGACGCCUACUCCAGCUACAACCAGAUUUUCAUGCAUCCCACGGAUCGUGAACAUACGACAUUCAUUACCGACAGAGGGCUUUAUUGCUACAACGUCAUGCCGUUCGGCCUAAAGAAUGCUGGAGCCACGUACCAGCUGCUGGUCAACAAAAUCUUUGCCGAACUCAUUGGCACUUCAAUGGAGGUCUACGUAGACGAUAUGCUGGUCAAAAGUCGGACUGCCAGCGAUCAUCUUCGGAACCUGUCCCUCAUGUUUGGUAAGCUGAAACAAUACAACGUGCGCCUGAACCCGAGCAAGUGUGCCUUCGGCGACUCUUUCGGCAAAUUCCUAGGCUUCAUGAUCAGCCAGAGGGGGAUUGAAGCCAACCCCGAAAAGAUCCGAGCACUCAUCAAUAUGCAGGUGCCGAGGACAAAGAAGGAGGUUCAGAGCCUCACCGGCUGA